AGCUCGCUCCGGGGUCCUAACCGGAGCAGCCGCGCCUCGGAGGGGAAGUGGUGCGCGCGUUGAGGAGCGAAACCCGUGUCUAGGUCUUCGCUGGCGCUAAACGGCUUGGCUCCGGAUUCCAGCUGUUGGGAAGAACUUUUUUUGUUUUUUGUUUUCCUUUCCCCCCCUAAUCCCCAUCGAGGCCACCAUGAACCCGAGGUUGCUGCCGUGGCUGGUGCUCCUUGCCCCCUUCUGCCUUUCGGGGUCCAUACAGGGAACUGACACCAAUACCACUGCUGCCCAUUUAAGCUCAUCAUCAAUAAGUAAUUCUUCAACAACAGCAAAGACCAUGACCAUUACCAAUGCCACCCAAAAAUCAGUGAAAACCACGGCUCAUCCUGAAGUGACUUCUAAGAUCCCAGCAAUCACCAACAAGACCAUCCCUGCUGCACAAUCUACCAUUGCCUCCAAAACAGAUAAACCUAUACAACCUGCCAGUACAAAGCAUUCACCAACUGAAUCUGGGACACACAAGACCACUGCAGUUCCUGUAACUAAGCCAUCAUCUGCUUUGGUCACAGAAGCCUCAGCAAUUCAAGGCAACCCAUCGGGGUUCAGCGCUGGCAGCUUCAUUGGUGGCAUUGUGUUGACUCUGGGACUUCUCGCCUUUGGCUAUAUUGGAUGCAGAUUCUACCACACAAAAAGAGGUGUUCAGUAUCGAACUAUUGAUGAACAUGAUGCCAUUAUUUAAAGUCUGCGCCAAAAAGACAGAAGACAAACAUCCACGCCUGUUACUCCUGCUUUUAGGAACACUUUCUCUCUGGGAAAAUAUUAUCUGAUCUGAUAUUGACUGUUUUGUCUCUUUUGACAAUGAUCAUACAAUGAUCUGCAAAUCUGGAGAACUCCAUAAGGGCUUUGCAUAUUCAGAGUAUCUUCAAUAAAGCAUUUCAAGGAAUUGAAAUUAUAUCUGGUUUUAAUCACUCUCUUUUAAAAACCUUUAAAGUAAGCAUUGUUGCUUCUUACCUCUUUUCUACAGAAGAUUGGAGAUGAUAAGUUCACAACAGAAUACGACUUCAAGUGUUGGAUCCUGAACCUUUUUGUUUUACUCUCCAGUUUUUUUUUCAUUCAGGAAAACAGAUCAGACAUUGCUGGGCAAAGAUUUUUUUUUUUACUUUGUGGUUCCAAAAAAA